AUGCCAAUCGGUAUCAGCCAUGCCGAGAUAUGCGCCAAAUUCGAUCGAUUGAUCUCCAAGGGCAUCAUCGCCUACCAGCCCAGCGAAUCGGUUCUUGUUACCGAUAAGGGUAUGACUUUCUGUUUUCAUAUUGCCCAGGCCCUAGAGAACAAACCACAGGCUGAAGACACUAUACAAGCCAAACCACAAACACCACCAGCUGGUUUCAUUCCUGGUACCUUUGGACCUGGUAGCGAUAUAGCAAGAGACCACCCAGAUGUCUGUCUUGCAAUAAUCAACAAAACACAUUACCUCGUUGUCAACAAAUUUCCAGUCUUCCGUCCUAUGCUGCUCCUUUUAACCGUGGACUCCUACCGAAGACAGAGCGAGCCCCUUGCUUUAGAUGACAUCGAUGCUGGCUGGCAGGUUAUGUGGGAAUUGGAAGGUGAAAACUACGUUUUCUUUAACUGCACACCCACUUCUGGGUCUAGUAGAGCCCAUAAGCAUGUACAGGUUGUUCCUGCUCCAGGGACUGGUGAGGCGUACCCGGAGGAAUUUAAGCUGUUCCCAGAUUAUGUCCCUGAACCGGAAAAGGGUUCAUUCCCUCUGAGACAUUUUAUCCAACGGUUCAACUUGUUGCCUGACGGCUGUGUCAGGGAUAGUGAGCAUUUGUUAGAGAUAUACUUGGGCUUACUCCAAAAGGCACGAGAUGCAUUGCGGCUGGCCAAUGAUGUACCUUGUCCUCAUAAUUUUCUUAUGACAAAGACUUGGAUGGUUGUUAUUCCUCGACGAGCAAGGGAUUGUGCAGGGAUUACUGCAAACUCUCCAGGAAUGGUAGGGUCGAUUUAUGUUUCCAACCAGGAACUGCUAGAUGCGUGGAAAGAUUUUGGUCCUAUGAAUGUCUUGACUAGCCUAGGACUUCCUCAGGACGAAAUCUAA